GCCAUCUUUCCCUGCUUUCUUUACAGACACCGGCAAGAUGGCCUCGGCACAUGACAGAGCUGUACUCCAAGCUAUAUUCAACCCCACAACCCCCUUAGGAGACAUCCCUGGCCUGAACCAAGAGGAGGAAUUAAUUGAUGAUGACAGUGGCUUUGACACAGAGUUGCUGAAGCAGGUGAAAGAGUUGGAGAAGCAGGGUGUCUCGGCAGCAGAGGCUGGGGAUUUGCAAGCUGCACUUCAACUGUUCAGCCAGGCAAUCCAGAUCUUGCCUCAGCGAGCCUCAGCCUAUAACAACCGGGCACAGGCCCUGCGGCUGCAGGGGAACACAGCAGGUGCGCUGGAGGACCUGGACCGAGCCAUCUCUCUGAGCGGUGGCACUGGACGAACUGCUUGCCAGGGGCUGGUGCAAAGAGGCCUUUUACGUAGAUUAGCAUGCCAGGAGGAUGCAGCCAGAGCAGAUUUUGAGAAAGCAGCUGCCCUUGGAAGUGAAUUUGCUCGACAACAGGCUGUGCUUCUUAAUCCGUAUGCAGCACUGUGCAACAAAAUGCUGUCGGAGGUGAUCAACAAACUACGCAACCCGCCAGUGUCUGAGAUGCAACAGUAACAAUUUCUUACUUUUACACUUUUCUGUUUGUGUAUGUGGUUAAUAAAACAACAUUUUUAUCUUC